AUGGGUGCACCUGUGGACGGCUUCCGAGUGUCUCGUGCCCCGUCAGCUGGGGUUAUGGGCCAAGAUAUGCUAGGACUACAUAUGGGAUAUGCAUUUGGGGAGGAUGAGGGCUUUGAGGAGAAUGUGGCGAGGGUGGCCAGGAAAGUGAUACAUGGAGGUGGCGAUCUGGAUAUGACAUCUAUGACUCUUUGA